AUAUUUGUUACAACAUUUCGGCCUGGUGAUGUAUGUGUUAAACGGCACCAGUUCCACACGACAGGACCGGGUAUCAAAUCACAUCCAGACUGUGCCACCCCCGUAGCAAGGACAUACUAUUCGUCUAUGUGGUAAAAAGUCUAGUAAGCCAAAAAUUUGCGCCGUGAACUUAAAGGUCGUUAAGCCAAGAAAGAAGAAGAGGGUGUAAUUCUCUUAUUACGUAAAAUAAGUUAACUGUUAGGAAAUAUGAAAUUCAAUUGGUUGAUUGAUUAUCAUCACCAAAGGUUUGACACCCCUGAACAUUUCGACGUAGCAAAUUAAUACAUUCAUUUUGUUGUUGUUUUCCUUGAAACACUUGUACUUUUCACAUCAAACACAGGGUUAAAUAGUGCUUUGAAACGCACAGGUCAAUGUUUAUCUUAUUUAUCAACAAUUUACAUUAAAAUUUAUAUCGUACAUCACAGCUCACACAACUGCAAAAAAAAAAUUCUUCUGUUUCCCGCUAGAUAGCGCUAGUAGCAUCAAAUCGAUUGCGUUGCGCGUUGACAGCUGUGCGCUUUCAAUUUUACCCAACCGCCAUUAUUGUCAAACGGCAUACAAGCGACGCGUUUAUUGAGGUCGAAAGUGCAAACAAGGCUGUUCUUUGUUGAUUGUUGCAAUAAUUAUCAAUAAUUAGUUUAGUUAAUGUGAAUUGCUUAUAGCACAUUCUUGAUCCAAUGGCGACAACCAGUACACCUUUGCGUAAAUCAAACGCAUCGCGUGUGUUCAUUACACCGCAAACCGUAGUACGAGAGGUAACCAACGACGAUGAAGCCGAACGAAGGAGUCGUCGUUCGGAAGUGUCGAUGAACGAUUCUAUAAACACAGUUCAUGAAAAUGAAAACAUUAAUAUGUGUUUGAAGCUGUACUCUGAUAAUAAAAUGAGCAAGGAGAAUGCCUGGUCGCUCACCAUCAUCGAUAGCUUCGCUAGGCUGAUAUCCCGGCAUUCGAAAUCGCUGCAAAACUUCCAGGUAGCUGGCUCAACGUUGGAAGCUUCUACGAAAGUUUACGGACUGCGUGUCGAUUCCGUGCACACGGAUGUAAUGCGCAUGUGUUCCGAACUUACUCGUCAAACUGCGCGAGCUAUGAACAACAAUCCCGACGAUCAAAACGAGGAAGGUGCCGAUGGACAAGGAAAUGACCUCUCGAUGGCGGAAGGAGCUGAUGGAGUCAAUAGUAAAAACAAUCAGAGCAUCACUACGCAACCGAAAGUGAAAAAGAAGCGCACUCGCAACGCAGUUAGUACGGUAACGAAAUCGAAAGAAGCGAUCAACGGGCCACUGGACACGAAUCCGUUUAUGGAUCCGUUUUUUGCGAAAUUGAAUUCGGUCGUCGGUGAUGUAAACAGUUCGAGCAGAUUGAUGCAAAAUAUCGUUCCGACGAAAAACGCUGAACUGAGACUUGGUAUGGAUUAUCCUUUCUGGGAUCCGUUGCAACCGCCCGAGCUUGAUUUGGAUGGUGUGUCGGAAACGUACGACGGAAUGGUAUGUAGCACACUUCGCUUCUUUCCGCUGGGCUCAGGAAAUUUGCUACGAUCAUUACGCUCAGGAUAUCUAAUCACGGACGCACCAGCAGAAGACGAUGAAGAUGACGAGGAUCCGCAAACUAAUCUAACCUCAAUGGAUGCGCAUAUGGACGAUGUAGAGGCACGAGAGCAUGGUGCAUCGCUGGUGAAUCGGUCCGCGCUGGAUGUUCACUUCGACAUUAAUGCUGAAGUGGAACCGGUACCAUCUGGGGAUGCUUUCAUACUUCAUUACGAUGCAAAAGAUAUGGACGGCAACGAUGACUUUGCGGAAGAUGAUCAAAUGGCCCUGGAACAAUGCAAGGGAUUACGGCGCGAAGCGGUUGUUAUUGAAGAUAUGAAGCCGCUAGAGUCUUUCAACGCUCAACUAGACUAUUCAUACCGUCCGUUAGACCGAAUAUCUCAGUUUUGGGCUGGUCCAUCGCACUGGAAGUUUAAGCGAACGUUUCGACCCCGUACAAUUGCUACAAGUGAUACGGCAUCAACUGGAUCGACAACUUCAAAGGAACGGACAGGCUCACGCAAGAAACGGUUUGAAAUGGACACCUUAGACGAUGUGUUUAGUGUGAACGAAACGCUGUUUCAGAAGUAUACCCCUAACAGGCCAGAUAAGGGUUUCACGCAUAUGAAGACCGCGAUUUGCAAGAAAUGGGAAUCAAAGAAACUUAAACUGCCCACAGAUUACAAACUCGAUCCAAAUCGUUUCGAUGUUUACAAAUAUGCCCGAGGAAUAAGUGUAAUGGAUUUUUACGAGGUUGAUGGAUCGAAUCAUGCCUCUUCGGAAGAGUACAAAUGUGAUGCCAGAGAUGAUCAGAUAUCGUGCAGUAAUGAUGCUAAUGAUGAAGGUGACAAUGAGAUGAUGAUGAACCACGACGAAGGCGAGUUCCAUCAUGUGGAGCAUGAGAAUCGACCACUGGAGCACGGCGAAAAAGAUAAGACAAUGAACGUUAGCACGGUAGCUGAUGUAAUAUCUUCCGAGUUUCACGGCGCUCCAGACAGGGUUCAAAAGAUCAAUAUAACGUACGCUAAGACGGCCAAGGUAAUCGACAUGAAGCAGCUGAAGUACAACUGCUGGCGUGUGAUCUCCUCGCACUUACAGGCCGAAAUGGACCCACCGCCAACGCAAAACCCCUCCCAACAAGACGUUAGUCUCACGGUGCCAACACAGACACAGUCCGAUGAUACCAGGAUUACGUUCACCACUCUGUACCGUAAAGUACCGCAUCUCCUAAGCAAAUCAAUGAGUGAAAACUUUUCCAAAUCGCUCGCAUUCUAUGCUGUGUUGCAUUUAGCAAAUGAAAAGUCUCUGCAACUCGAACGGCAGGAAGAUUUGAAUGAUUUUACUAUAAGAAAAGCGGACGUGUGAAAUAAUAUCAAGCGUUAUUGUUAGGGGGUAUGUAUAUGAAGCUUUGCCGAAUCACAUCAUGUAACAAGAAAUGAAUCAGAGUUGAUCUAGCCCAGUAGUAAAGGUUUUCGUAUGCAUUUUUUUUGGUGUGCAUUUACGUUAAGUUACACAAAACAUAACAUAAAACUACAGAUUAUAUUGCUUAGUGGCAGACAACAAUGAGUGGUUUGUAUGAAUAACUACAGUUGUCAUUAAAAAUAAAAAAUAAUUCAAUUUUGAACUAAUAAUUAUAAUCUAAAUUAGUUUUAUAUAAAAUAUUGCAAUACAUCAUAAACACCGAAGAGACUUUGCAACUGCUUACGUUUUUAAAAAGCAAUGAUUUGGCACUAGUUAUAGAUGUAAAUUUAAAAAAGCGCGAUACUUUGAGGCAUGGGAAAGCGACCUUAUCGCAUUGCUAUCUGAAGAUGUUGUACAUUCCAACGCUAAUAACAAAGGCGUUACUAAUAGUAUUAUACAUGACCACUGCCCACAACAGCAUCAUCUGCUUCAGUUUAUAGUAUUUUUGUUAUUCGGUAGUGCAGAACAUUUGCUACUGCGAUUUAUCAGAAUACACGUGUGUAGGAAAAUCCGGACCGCCUGGUUCGAUCGUGCGUUCUACUUUGCGUGAGUCAUGCCACACGUCAUUUAUGUGCAGUUGGAUGGAUGACCAUAACCAGCUUCCUGGGCAAUACAUAUCUCAUGUCUAGUGGCACACGCAACAUCCAGCAACAGAGGUCUGCAUUUUUGGUCGGGGAAGUACGUUGGCGAAAGAAAACAGGAAAAUUUAUUACCCAAUAUCCACCCAUUUAAUCAAUUCAACCACGAAGGAAGCGUUAGCAGAACGAAGCAUGUGGUGCUAGUGAUAAUGUACACAGGAGGGCAUGUAUGCGUAGUUGCACUUCCGUAAUUCAUGUGUUUCUGUGUGUAGGAUUCGUUGAUUUUUUUACCAAUCCGUUUCCACAAACACGAAGUAUAAGCCCUUAGGUAUAUUCUUUUCAUGCGUGUCCUCCAACACUGAACAGGCAGCUGAAAGCGUACGAUGAGAGGUCGUUUUACGGCCUAACACGAACCGGAUUGGAAGAGAAUUGCAUCCGUUUCUCGAGCAAAAAGCAUGCAAUCAAAUCAAGUGGAAUGUGAUAUAAAGCGAACAAGUUGCAUAAAGCAUCUAUGUUAUAUGAUAAAAAGUAGAAGCAGUAAAAUAAAUUCCAGGAAUAACGAUUGAUCGAAAUGUUCCUGAACGUACCUAAUAAUACGAUAGGACGAAACCCGGCAAAAGGACCAACCUUCCCUGGAUACUAUUUCUUCGCUCAUUUUGAAUGAAACGGCUACUCAAAGGUUAUCUAAUUUGUUCGGGUUCUAGCCAGGCUUUGUAUUUCUAAAAGGGCUCGAUUGAUAAAUCGUUAUUCGUCUGGACACAUGGGAUACUGUCUCGAGGUAACAGGUUGAAUAUUUAAUUGUAAAGUCGCCAAGUAGACCAUACACAUUUUUCAUUAAAAUUUUUGAACAUUAGUUGUUAAAUGUUAGUGAGAAAAAAUAUUCUUUAAUUUGUAGGUAGAAGCAAGAGGAAAACUACAAAAAAGAUGCGUAAAAAGUAAUUCAUAAACGAACACAAACUCAUCAAACUUGCCAUUAUUGAACAACUUUAGGCAGUAACUCCAUGUUGAAUGAUCAUCUAUUUGCAGCUAGCAAUGGCAAACCAAACCAAAACUGCCCGAUUUGCUCACUUGUAAAAGUGUCUCCUUAUUCCUUAUAAGGGACUCUUCUCUAGGACAUCUUCGAUCUUCGUGAAGACUGGGAAACGUAGAUCAUCUUGUUUUUGGAACGUAUUCCCCAGACUCCUAGCGAGUUAGUCCGAGGUAGGAACUAAAUGUGGAAGAUAUUUUCGCCUAAACUUAAGAUGCAGUUUGGAGAAAUAUCUGUCGGAUAGCUUUUAGGAAAUGCGGGGAGUUUUGGAGCAAAGGAGCAAAAAUGAAUGGACCCAAUAUGGCAGUUAUUCGCCAAGAAACAAAUAGGUAAACUUUUUGACAGGCGACCCUUUUUUCGGUUGGUGUUUUUUUUUACAGUGGCGGGUCAUUUUUUCUCUUCUGGAUGGAUAUGGGAAUUGGUGAGUGCGAUUCAAAAAAUAAAUCAUGACGUUGUUUGUGUACCGAAAGUUUCAAGAACCAUUUUUUUCGUUUCCUUUUAAUGUCGUUUCCGACACUUUCCAGGCACACACGGGUUGUCGUUCGCAUGUAACGGCAAAAAAUGUGAAAAGGAUGGUCGUUUCCAUCAUCUACCUAAACCUGUUCGAAAUCUUUCCAUUGAGUUAUACUAAAGAACGAUAUAAAGACGCAUUCGGUGUUAACGGAGGAUGAUGAAAUUGAUAUUUAUAUCGCUCGACGACAACAGACUCAGGUAACGAUAUAAUUUGAUAAACAGCUAACACAUGUUCCAAAGCGGAAUCUAAUAGAGACUACAGAUAUCAUCCAAUGCCCUAUGACGUAAAAUAUUAAUGCAUUCAAAUGUGGAUAAGUUUGAUUGAUUGCGCUAAGGUGGUCUAUACUAUUUCACGUUCUAAAUGAAAUACAUUCAACUUUGGUAUACGCUUCAUGUUCCCUCUUGUGCGGCAAAGUGUAUAUCGUUUGAUGUGAAAUUAUUAAACAGUUUGAUCCUCUAACCAGUGCACACUUCACACGAUUUCGGUAAAAGACACACGCCGAAGCUACGGUCAGAUUAAAUCGCUAUCCACAUGCAAUUACGAGCCAGCUAAUUAUGACCCAUUUCAAAUGGCGCGUCGUGAACGAGUGUUGCUGCAGUAUGUCCUGAGCUGCAGCAUCGAUUUAUCAUAGCAGAUCGAUUCGUCGCCGACAGCAUCGGGGAGCCGUAUGGAAAAUAAUUCUAUCCAAUUAUUGCAAUAACUUCAGCAGUUUCGGCAUCCUCUGGGAAUGCUUCACUAGACCUGCAACCUCGCACCUAGUGACGUACUAGAACACAUUUAGUAAUUCGUGAAACCAUACCUAAUAACACCGUUAGCUAUGGUGGAAAUGAUCAAAAAGAGAAUAUACAGCUAGUGGUGAAAGUCCAAAUUCUGCAGCGAAUAAUUAUCACUUUACUAUACGCUAGACUGCUGCUUUACCACACGUUCAGAUCGUUUUAGAGCAUGUUUGUUCGCUUUGAAAAGGGACAUAAAUGGGAUAACGAACGAAAAAUAUGACCAGGAUUAUAGUAUGCCAAUGCAUUCCGUGGUAACGA